AUGUCAUCUUCCCCACAUGAAGUCAUUCUCACUAGCUCCCCUGAAGGCCCCAUAAUUGCUUAUGAUGCCUCCUCCGGCGCCUCUGUGACCUGCUUCACCGGCAGCCGCUCACCCCGUCGGGGCCUCGCCCUCGUUGGAAAGAUUUUCAUUGCUGCAUCACACAUCUCCCCCGUCACGGCUUCUGGCUCAAUCCACAUCUACAACUGGUGGUCCUCAACAGCCUUCCAUAAACUACCCGUCCCUGAACCUGUUGCCCCUCUAAUUGGUACUCCUGAUGGCUCUUAUCUCUUCGCUGGUGGUCUUUCAGGAAGUGUCUAUGCACUCUCAGUCCCAUCGGGGGAUGUACUUAGAUCAGUUCAUGCACACAAAAAAUCUGUUUCCUGUCUUAGAAUCAGUGAAGACGGCUCACUUUUGAUUUCAGGUAGUGAUGAUGGCACCAUCGUUGUGAUCCCAAUCUUUCAACUUGUGGGGUCAUCGAUAAAUCAAGACAUGGACCAGUUAAUAAUGCACAAGUUAGCUGCACACUCAGGUGCAGUCACAGAUAUCAUUUCCGGCAAGGAAUUGUGCAACUCCCAGAUCAUCUCAUGCUCAUUGGACUGCACAUGUAAGUUCUGGAGCCUCCUCCGCGGGACCCACCUGCGCACCGUGGUGUUCCCCAGCACCAUUCUGGGGCUUGUCCUGAACCCCUCAGAAUCAGAGUUCUAUGCUGCAGGCUCAGACGGGUCUGUGUACAAAGGAUCUAUCAAAGUUGGAAGCAGAAGAAUUCCCAGCAGCAAAGGACAAGAUCAUGAACUGGUAAUAGCUCAAAACCACAAUGGGGCAAUUGUGUCUUUGGCAAUGGUGAACAGUGGGAGAAAUCUUGUGUCAGCUUCAGAAGAUGGGGGUGUUUAUAUUCAGAAAAUAGAUGAUGGACAAGUGGUUUUGGCUCUUGGGAAUGAGUUUGGAAGCAGUAUUAGUGACUUGGUGGUGGCCACAGGAAUUGGUUGUGGCAAAGACAUUGUUGGGUCAAGAUUGGGCAGUGGCGAAUUUGAUGGUGUUAGAAUUGGACUUAGUGGGAGACAAGUGAUGAUGAGUAGUUCACCAGUGAAGGAAAGAGUGGAGAUGGAAGAUGUUUUGGCAUUGGCAGAGAAAGAUAGAAGCAGGGCAAUUGAUUUGCUUGAAUCUGCUAUUGCUAUGUAUGAGAGGCUUCUUGAACUCAUUCUAAAGGAAGCCAAGGGAACAAGCAGCGGAGAAGUUGCAAAAGAGAGAGAGAACUCUAUAUAA